CAUCACAUCUGUAAGCUACCAGGAAGAGUUAUGGGAAUCCGACUACUUCGCUUCUCUUCUGUGGUGAUCUUUGUCUUACUCCUUGUGGCAGGUGCUUUAAUGGCUUUGCUUCCUAACAUUAAAGAUGACAAAAUGCCCAAUUUGCGAAGGGAACCAAAAUCCCAGAGCCAAUCCGCCUUGGAUUCAUUUACUCUUGUUAUGCAGACAUACAAUAGAACUGACUUAUUGUUGAAGCUCUUAAAUCAUUAUCAAGCCAUCCCCCAUCUACACAAAGUGGUUGUUGUGUGGAACAAUGUUGGGGAGAAGACACCAGAGGAAAUGUGGAAUUCCCUGGGACCCCAUCCUGUACCUGUUGUCUUCAAAGUGCAGACCGUGAAUCGCAUGAGGAACAGACUCCAGAUCUUCCCUGAAUUGGAAACAAAAGCUGUUUUAAUGAUGGAUGAUGACACACUGAUUAGUGCCUAUGACCUUGCUUUUGCCUUCUCUGUUUGGCAGCAAUUUCCAGAUCAGAUAGUGGGAUUUGUUCCUAGAAAGCAUGUUUCCACUUCUUCAGGUAUAUACAGUUAUGGCAGCUUUGAAUUGCAGACACCUGGAUUUGGAAAUGGGGACCAGUACUCCAUGGUUCUCAUAGGAGCAGCAUUCUUUCACAGUGGAUACCUAGAACUCUUUCAAAAGCAGCCUGAUGCUGUUCACACUUUGAUAGAUGAAACUCAAAACUGUGAUGAUAUUGUCAUGAAUUUUCUAGUGGCAAAGCAUACUGGAAAGCCUUCAGGAGUGUUCGUGAAACCUGUUGACAUAAGGAAUUUAGAAAAAGAGACUAACAGUGGUUAUUCCGGAAUGUGGCACCGAGCAGAGCACUUGCUACAAAGAUCUUACUGUCUAAAUAAAUUGGUUAAUAUUUAUAACAGUAUGCCAUUAAAAUAUUCUAACAUUAUGAUUUCUCAGUUUGGGUUCCCUAAUUAUGCCAAUCACAAGAAUAAAAUGUAA